AUCUACCGGAAGUGUGGGCUGUUUUUCUGUAACCUCUUCCUGUUGUACUUGUCAUUCAGACAUCCCAGGAAUUCAACAAUACCAGGGCCAACCAGCUCGGCAUAACAGGGACAUUUUAAGUUAAAAUCACGCCAUUGACGCCGUGAAAGGUCAAGGAAAUCUAGUUUGCUGUCAAAAUAAAAAAGCCGGCCCUUCCCGACGCGGCAUGCAGAUGUGAAGUCAGAUGUUAGAGACCUCUGCUGCCCUGGACCGAGCAACAUCCUCUUCCUCCCUCACAUCGUCAUCAUACAUGCUCUUACAUGAAGAGAGGGGAGAAACCCGAAGGAUACAGACAGAUGAGACCCAAGACGUUUCCCACCAGCAACUACAGCGGCAACAGCCAACACAUGCUGCAGGAAAUAAGGAAUAGUCUGCGCAACUUGUCCAAACCCUCGGACCCACCUAAAGUGGACGUCGGAGGUGCUGGGAAAAUGGUUUCUGAGGACCCAAGGCAACAAGGGCGCUCCGUCAACGGUAAAAACCAUCACCACAAGGCCUUGCAAGAGAUCCGCAAAUCCCUGGAGCCUUUUGCCAACGAGACCAGUACCUCGGGCCCCGAGGUGAACCAACACAUGUCUGGGUUUGAAGAGCCAAGUCGCAAUAUGGGGGCAGUUAUAGACUACAUGGGUAAGGUGAGCUACCACGACGCAGCGUGGGAACAGAUGGUUGUUGCCAACCCCAACACUACAGUUCUGAAAGCCGCAGGCUCUUCUCAUAUCCAGCAGGCUGUGCUGAGGAGGCCGAGCUGGAAAGGUUCGAAGGAGUCGCUGGUGCCUCGACACGGUCCUCUCAUGAUGGAUGGAAUGAUGUACCGCUCAGACAGCCCCGGACCUCCGCCCGCCUUCCCACAGGGUCACCCUGGCAACAACCAGAGAGUCAAUCCUCCGCUGCCGCCGCAGGUGCGCAGUGUCACGCCUCCACCAAACCGCGGUGCCAUGCCUACGGCGCCAUCCUGGGACAGCAACCCGUCAACCAAGCGCUACUCUGGCAACAUGGAUUACCUUUUACCGCGCAGCUCUCCGGUACCCCAGGGGGCCCGGGCUGAUGGGUACCAGUCGUCAGCCCCUCAGAAUCAACGGGGGAUCAGCCCAGUGCCUGUGGGCCACCAGCCCAUCAUAAUGCAAAGCUCUGGGGUGAGUAAGUUCACCUUCCCCUCCAGCUGGUCUCAGAAUGGCUCCCCUCAGCCCGAUUACAUGGCGGGGGGCAGUAGACAGCCUCCUCCGCCUUACCCACUCAACCAGAGCAGCCGGCACAGUCCCACUGACCAGCAGAUGCAGUCCGGAGGACCUGCAUCCUCCCCCUCGUACCUCAAUGGUGGGAACAUCCCUCAGUCCAUGAUGGUUCCCAGCCGGAACAGUCACAACCUGGAAAUGUAUAACAUAGGUCCUCCUCAGUCCUGGUCCCAGGCGCCUCUGAACCCCAACCAGCCCCAGUCUUCCUCCGGGAACCAGGAUCUGUCCCCAUCGUGGCAGCACAACAUGCCGGUGCGCUCAAAUUCCUUCAACAACCACCAGCUGAACAGCAGACCGGCCCACCCGUCGGGCUCCCAGCCUUCUGCCACCACAGUCACGGCCAUCAUGCAGGCCCCCAUCCUGCAGCCGGUCAAAAGCAUGCGUGUCCAGAAGCCCGAGUUGCACACCGCCGUCGCUCCCACGCACCCUCCGUGGAUGCAGCAUCCUCCGCCAUCUCCCGCCGCGCCCGCUUACCAAGAGCCCCCAGCCCCGGCACCCCAGAUCCCUGUCGUUGCAGAAGCCCCCAGUUACCAGGGCCCCCCUCCGCCCUAUCCCAAGCAUCUCCUCCAACAGCAGGCUGCGCCGGGACCCCCGGCCUACGAUCCCGGGGCCAAUAAGCUCAGCCCGGGCCGAGAGGAAGCGGCCGAGGAGGAGAGCGUCGACGCCCCCCGGGACAAGGCGGUGGAGAGCGUCGCCGCAACGGAGAAAGAGAAUAAGCAAAUCACCACGUCGCCCGUUCCCGUCCGCCGCAACAAGAAAGACGAAGAGCCGAGAGGGGAGUCCGGGAGAGUCGCACUCUACUCCCCCCAGGCCUUCAAGUUCUUCAUGGAGCAACACGUGGAGAAUAUCCUGAAGAACCAUCAGAUGAGGAUUCGGAGGAGGAAGCAGCUGGAAAGUGAAAUGCAAAGGGUUGGAUUGUCUUCAGAAGCUCAAGAGCAGAUGCGCAUGAUGCUCUGCCAGAAGGAGUCUAACUACAUCCGGCUAAAGCGAGCCAAGAUGGAUAAAUCCAUGUUUAAAAGAAUCAAGACGCUGGGCAUCGGAGCCUUCGGCGAGGUAUGCUUGGCCAGAAAGGAGGACACGGGAGCGCUGUACGCCAUGAAGACGCUCCGCAAGAAGGACGUGCUGCUGAGGAACCAGGUGGCCCACGUCAAGGCGGAGAGGGACAUCCUGGCCGAGGCGGACAACGAGUGGGUGGUGCGUCUCUACUACUCGUUCCAGGACCGGGACAACCUGUACUUUGUCAUGGAGUACAUUCCCGGAGGGGACAUGAUGAGCCUCCUCAUCCGGCUCGGCAUCUUCAAAGAAGAGCUGGCUCAGUUCUACAUCGCCGAGCUCACGUGCGCGGUGGAAAGCGUCCACAAGAUGGGCUUCAUCCACCGAGACAUCAAGCCCGACAACAUCCUCAUAGACCGAGAUGGACACAUCAAGCUGACGGACUUCGGCCUCUGCACCGGCUUCCGCUGGACGCACGACUCAAAGUAUUACCAGAGUGGGGACCACGUGAGGCAGGACAGCAUGGACUUCAGUAAGGAAUGGGAAGACGCCACCAACUGCCGCUGCACGGACCGCCUGAAGCCUCUGGAGAGGAGGAAGGCCCGGCAGCACCAGCGCUGCCUGGCCCACUCGCUGGUCGGCACGCCAAACUACAUAGCGCCAGAGGUGCUGCUCCGGACGGGAUACACGCAGCUGUGUGAUUGGUGGAGCGUCGGCGUCAUCUUGUAUGAAAUGGUGGUGGGACAGCCUCCCUUCUUGGCGACCACGCCCCUGGAGACGCAGAUGAAGGUGAUAAACUGGAAGAACAUGCUGCACAUUCCGCCGCCGGCCAAGCUCAGCCCCGAGGCGUCCGACCUCAUCGCCAACCUGUGCCGCAGCCCCGAGGAGCGCCUCGGCAAAGACGGCGUCGACGAGAUCAAGGCCCACCCGUUCUUCAAGGACACCGACUUCUCCAGCGACCUGCGGCAGCAGGCGGCGCCGUACGUGCCCACCAUCGCCCACUCCACGGACACCUCCAACUUUGACCCCGUGGACCCGGAGAAGCUGCGCAGCGGCGACGGCGACGGCAACCUCAACGACACGCUCAACGGCUGGUUCCGCAACGGCAAGCACCCCGAGCACGCCUUCUACGAGUUCACCUUCCGCCGCUUCUUCGACGACAACGGCCACCCCUACAGCUGCCCCAAGCCCAUCGAGUACGGGGGCUACGACGGGGACGAGGCGGCCCCCGAGGGCCCGGGGGAGGCCAGCAGGGACCUGGUCUACGUGUAGCGGUCGCAGGAGAGACGUUAUCAGAGCUGUUAGUUCACACUACAAACGAAAGGAAUAGUCGGGGGGGGGAUUCGGGGAACAUUGCUCUUCUUUACUGUGGUGUAUAGAUAGAAGUAGCUGCUGUGAGCGCAUUGGGCCCUGGGGGGUGUUUGGGGGGGCUUUGUUGCUCGGCCCUGCUUCCAGUCUUUAGGUUAUGCUAACCUACCCAGCUCUGAUAUUUACCACAAAGGUACAUUAACCCUCGGCAAGAAGGAAAGGGGUUUUUCUUAAACUGUGGCUAUUAAUUUAUGUUUGCUGCCUGAGGAAAAAUAAAUCAGGGUGCUCUUUUGAGGACUUCCCCUUUUUAAGCCUUAAUUUAUUUAAGAGAAUUGUACCUGGUGAUGCUAGUCUAGAUGCUGUUUGAAUGUGGGCUUUUUUUGUCUGUUGAAAUUCCAUUUAGUGUCUUAAUUUAUACAUAAAUGUCUGUUGCAAUGGGGAUUUAGUUUUGUUUACUAGAAAUGUGCAGGGAUAAAUUGCUCUACAUUUUCAUUGCUGUGCCUUUUAUUGAUUUGUGAUUAUCUUUCACCAAAUAUAAAGAGGGGUAAUAAUCAGUUGCAUUUUUAAAAUUAGAGUAGCAUCACCUGAUUGAACUACAGUAGGACUUGUUUUUCUAAUUUAUACUUAAAAUGUAUUUAUAAAUGAAGUUGCGUACAGUCGAUGUAAAUAUUUCUCGUGCCCUGUCAGCUGAUUUUUAUUUUAUUUCUAAUCUUAGGGCGGGCCCUCUUCAGUGUCCACUGCUGCUGCGUUCUGUUAAUGUUGUCUGCUUUUCUUUCUCAUUCACAAAGUACAUUCAGCACAAACACUAAAUCACAGCACUCUGAAUAGGUACAAGUCUAACGGAACCUCUUUCACCACCAUUAAGACUUCAUUCUCGUCUUUCAACCAAAGCACUAAAUCGUUGUUUUUUUUUGACUAUUUUCAAAUUCCCACGUUUCAAAAAGAUCUGAAGCCUUUUGAAAUCUGUAUUUGUGGCAGUUUUACACCACCGGCAAGAAGUGCCUUGCUUCUCGGCUCCUAACCACAUGAUCCCGUAGUACUCGUGUACAGAGGCUCAAAAGUCAUGGUUUUAUUUUCUUUUUUUUUAGAAUCCCUACAGCAAAGUGUCAUGAUUUUCAACUGGACUGACGUACAUAUUGACUUUUUUAACCCGCUGUACUUGUGCUUUAGGAAAAGCUCUUUGAAUGUAGUUUAAGGACUUAAUGGUGACCACUGGCAUUCUGCACUGGCUUUAUGUGAGAGAAUUUUAUUUUGUGUACAUUGUUGCUCUUGGAGGUUUGGUACAAUGACGAAGGGGAUAAAUAAAGAAUGUAAAGAACAAAAGCGGUUUUACACAACGA